AUCGCCUGCCAAUGCCAACCAACGCCGCUUCCAUGUGUAACCGAACGCGGGAUUAAGAGCAAGCUCAGCUCCGAUCGAGGCCAAGUUACUCCUUCACGACACCUAUAUCAUAUAUAUAUCUUUCAUUGGUAUAUUCAUCACGUUGACCAUUCUUUAAACCCUCCUAAAGAUAACCUCCAUCAUGGUCCAAGGGCGAGUGCUUGUCAUCGCGGGGUCAGACAGUUCGGGCGGAGCUGGGCUUGAAGCGGACCAGAAAGUCAUUGCUGCUCAUGGCUGCUACGCCAUGACGGCCACUACGGCUCUUACUGCGCAGAACACUCAAGGCGUCAAGGGAAUUCAUGUCAUUCCAACCGGGUUUGUCUCUCAGCAGAUCGACGCUUGUGUUGAAGAUGUCGGUGUCGAUGUUGUCAAGACUGGCAUGCUUGCUUCUACAGAGACAAUAGAGAUGGUUGCAAAGACCAUGGUUAAGCAUAGCAUCCCAGCGCUAGUCGUUGAUCCAGUCAUGGUUUCGACUUCUGGUGCAACACUCCUCCCCAAUGAAGCCAUCCAACAUCUCUGUAAGCAUCUUCUACCGCACACUACGGUCCUCACGCCAAACAUUCCUGAAGCCAUUCUUAUCCUUUCCCAAAAUGGUCAAGAAGCUCCCGAGGUUCGCAGUGUGCAAGACCUUGAGACUGUAGCUCAACGAAUCCAAGCCCUUGGUCCAAAGUGGGUGCUUGUAAAGGGCGGACACCGACCCAUGAAGGAGGACUUGACUGUGGCCGAGACAGAAGAGGAGAGGAGUGCUGUUGUGGAUGUUCUUGUUGGCGGUGACGGUGAGGUUGUCAGAGUCAAGAGCCCGUACCAGGCGAGCUCAAGUACCCAUGGCACAGGAUGCUCUUUGGCGUCGGCCAUCGCAUCAAACUUGGCCAAGGGUCUUGAUACACCAACGGCUGUUCGAUCAGCCUGCCGAUACAUUGAAGCUGCCAUUCGAACAGCACCUGGUCUUGGUAAGGGGCAUGGUCCUCUAAACCACUUCCACUCGACCUAUACUCUUCCAUUUGCUCCCGGCUACUUCAUCGAGUGGCUUCUCGAGCGCCCUGAUGUCCGUGACGUCUGGAAGGAGUUUGUUUACCAUCCCUUCGUCAUGGCCAUGGGUGACGGAACCCUGCCUCUCGAAUCCUUCAAGGGAUAUAUCAUUCAAGAUUACCUAUACUUGAUUCACUUUUCACGUGCCAAUGCUCUGGCUGCCUACAAGGCGCAAAACAUUGAGGAUAUUUCUCGAGCAACAGAAAUUGUUCAGCAUAUCAUGCAUGAACUGAAGCUCCAUACCUCAUACUGCGAGAGCUUCGGCGUCUCCAUUGAGCAGAUCCGUGCUACACCAGAGAAACAGGCCUGCACCGCAUACACUCGCUAUGUCCUUGACGUUGGUCAGAAUGGCGAUUGGCUUGGUCUUCAAAUGGCUCUUGCUCCCUGCCUCCUUGGUUAUGGUGCCGCAGCCAAGAUGCUCCAUGAUCAUGAGAAGACUGUCCGCGAGGGAAACACAUACUGGGCAUGGAUCAAGAACUACAAUGAAGAGGAUUACACGGAUGCUGUCAAGUUGGGCUCUGCCUUGCUCGAAAAGCAUAUUCAACUGCAGUCACCUUCGCGAAUUGAAGAGCUGGUUCAGAUCUUUAUCCACGCCCUCAAGAUGGAAAUUGGCUUUUGGGAGAUGUUCCCUGCCCAGCAGACCUAAGUCAAUAUACAGACACAAAAAACCGGAGAAGCAGACUAGAUCGAUCAAUUAAUAGACAUAGAAUUGAGUAUGCACUUGGUUCCGUAUGUUUCCUUGUUUAUGUCACAAAAUCCAACGUAGGUAUCUGACGCCCGGUCCAGCCAUACUCCUUUCAAAGGUGCCUCUAUAUAUCAUGCAUGUUUCUCGAACCCAUCCUAGACCAUCUCCACUGGGCGUGGUCUCUCGUCGUCUUGCAACAUGUAUCUGAAAUCUUGCUCAGGAGGAGGGGCCAGAGGAGGAACUGGGGGGGCGUCGCUAUCAAGGCUGUUCUCUUGUUGUCGUUGAGCUCGUCGCAAUUGUCCAUUCUGCUGCUUCACCCAUGAGUUCACUGAGCGGAAGCGUGGCCGUGUAUCUACCGAAGCUACUGUAGAUACGGUGUCACGGCGACCGACAGAGUUGGUAGACUUCCAUGUGGGUUGUCGUGAAGGCUCUGGUCGCGAUGGGACGCUUUGGACGGUCUGAGUGGUAGGCGUCACGACGAUGUCGCCGUCACCGAAGCCAGAGGAGAUGGAGGAGAGUUCGCUAACACCGGUCUGACGUCGUCCGACAUCGUAGGCAUAUGGUGUAGUAGAGAGGAUUCGCUUGUGUUGUUGAGGUUUGUAAGGUGUGCUCAAAGAGUCCUUGGGAUCGUGACGAGCCACGACCUGGACCUCAACAGCGCUCUCGACAAAGGUUGUGCUUGUAGGGCUGACAGCGUCAAUGUCAUAGUUUGUAACCCCUGUCCUUCUGUCGCCAGUCGUACGAUAAACGCCGAAUGGUAAGCUGGGCACUGUGAGGAAGUUGUCGGAUUGCUUAGGCAUGAAGAGUGGUGACUGAGGCUGUGUCUUUUCAGCGAGAGGCGGGGAAUAAGACGGAGGAGAGUAGGAUGGAUCUUCAAUUGUGUACCAGCCCUUGUGACCGUAGUGUGAUCCAAGGAAAGGCACCUUGGAAACGAGGUUCUCAAAGCGGCUGGGCUUGUCAAAGUUCAUGUCAUCAAUAGGCGCAGGUUUCUUUGAGGUCUGCUUCCUUGAGUAGAACUUCCAAAUGAGGAAGCCAAUUCCAAGUAGGAAUAGAAAACCGCCUUGAUAUCG